AUGGAAUCCGGAGCCACCGUCGCUGCAGCUUCUGAAGAUUUUCAAUCGAACGGUGGUGUCUCAUCACCGUCGUCUUCUCCGGCAGAAGCUGUUGCUCGGUUAACACACGCCGUGUCGCAACGGCAACAGCAUCUUCUCGAUAAAACUGUUCCUCAUGUUCUCUACCGUUGGAUCUCGUGCCUAUUCGUCGUCUUGAUCUAUGCGAUUCGCGUUUACUUCGUGGAAGGAUUCUACAUCAUCACUUACGCGAUCGGAAUCUACAUAUUGAAUCUUCUCAUUGCUUUCCUCUCUCCUCAGGAAGAUCCAGAAGCUUCUCUCGACGGUGGGAGUCUUCCUACUCGUAGAUCCGAUGAGUUCCGACCAUUCGUUCGCCGUCUUCCCGAAUUCAAGUUCUGGUUAUCAAUAACGAGGGCUUUUGUGAUCGGGUUCCUAAUGACGUUCUUCGAUGUAUUCAAUGUACCUGUUUUCUGGCCGAUACUUCUUUUCUACUGGGUGAUGCUUUUCUUCCUCACUAUGAGGAAACAGAUUCAACAUAUGAUUAAAUACAGAUACGUCCCCUUCUCUUUUGGGAAACAGCGAUAUGGGAAAAAGGUGCCGUCAAUGGAGAACAGUGAUUGA